GCAACUUUUGUGGGGGCGGUACCAGCAGAAACUCGGUUCAACUCAGUAUAAUUAAUUUAUAAUAAAUUUUUUAAUGUUUUAAAGAAUAAACAAAUAUUAACAUAAACUUAAAACAAUCAAUAGAAGUAUUGUGCAUUUGAAUAUUGUAAAAAUAAGUGCAUAUAUUGUUAAUAAUAUAAAGAAAUUUGCAAUCGAAAAAAUUCUUAUUAGAAAUAAAGUAAGAGAAGAAAGUGCGUGAAGAGGCGAGUGUGUAAUAAAAAUGGCUGAAUUGUAUGUGCAAUGGUACACUGCUGAAGAAGAAGCAAAAUAUACAGGAUUAAUGUAAUUAUUGUGUAAAAAACGCAAGAUAACACAGAAAGAAGUUAAUAAUAAAAAAAUUAAACAGUUCAAAAUACACACAACGACUACACCCAAAAAAGAGUAAAAAAGCAAAAAGGCAAAAACAAAAAGAGGCAACCGCACAACGUAAAAUGCAAACGCAAACGUGCUUUUGUGUGUAGGAGUUUCGAGUUAAGAGUUGGAAACGAAGUUAAUAGUGAAACAAUGGAAGCGCUUGGACGGAUAAAUGUGGAAAUUGAAAAUUAAUUGUAAUUCAUACACCGCCUACGCAUUUCGUAUGUUUUUUUUUCGUUAAUAUUUUUCGUUUUAAUUUUUUUCGUUUUUGAUAGUUGCAAUACGAAAAGAAACUAGUGUAUGUUAACGUUUGUUCGGUAAAGAAUAAAUGCAUUUGAAGUGAAGUUUAAAGUUUGCUUUGCAAGUUGCUAGGGAAUUACACACAAAAACGGUUUUACGGUCUAAUCAAGUUUCAGUUGCCAUACAAAAAAAAUGCAUUGUAAGCAAAAUAAAUUUAUAUAAAGCAAAUACAAAUUAUUGUAUUUAAUAUAAAAUAGCACAAAACAACAAAUCAAAGCUUAGUUGCUAGCAAAUUUGUUGUUAUUUUGUCAUUUCGUUACUGUUUUUGCCAGUCUUCGUGUGGUCGUUGUUGUUUUUGUUGUAAUAUGGAUUGCAGUCUUGCAGACCAAAAUUCUUUGAAUUGUCUUGACGAAUCUAUUAAAAAUUUAACAAAUCUUGCUGGCAGCCCCCUGAAAAGUGAAAAUCAAACGACAACGACGACUGCGGCGGCGGUAACGGCAGCGGUAAAAUUGCGCAAAUAUAGCGAUCGUUGCUUAACAACGCCUGAAGCAAAAUCACACACUUAUCGCAUUUCCAUGGCGAAUCUGGAAGAGACACAAGAGUCCGAGCUAGAUGUCAUACUUGGCGAAUUAAGUUUACUGGAAGCGCAAAUAAAUUGUGGUGAUGCAGCAUUUUUACCAGGUGUCACAGCUGGUAAUGGUGUUAUGUUGGGAUCCUGUGCGCUGACAGGCGCAACAACAGUUUCCAUAUCAGGUUCAUCAGAAAGUGGUUGUGGUACACAUUCUUCAGCUUCGUCCAGCGUAUCUGAAAAUGGUGUAAGCAGUAGCAGUGUCAGUGGCCGUGAACCUCGCACUGAAUCCCCUGAUAAUGACUCAGCAUUUAGUGAUACUGUUUCGCUUCUAUCAAGUGAAUCAUCAGCUUCGAGUAGUGUAAGUUCUGCACACCACCAUAAGCAGCUGCAAUUGCAACAGCAACAACAACAAUUGCAGUUGCAGUAUUUGCAACAAUUGAAUAACAGUUCGCUGAAUAGUAGCAGUAAAGCUGCGAAAAUACAGCUAGCGUUGCACAAACUUGAACAUGCUUCUAUACGUCGUCUUUUUGUGAAGGCUUUUACAUCAGAUGGUGCUUCGAAAUCCUUACUUGUGGAUGAGCGCAUGACAUGUGGUCAUGUUACCCGUUUACUCGCCGAUAAGAAUCAUGUACAGAUGCAACCUACUUGGGCGCUUGUCGAAAAUUUGGGAGAUUUACAAAUGGAGCGUCUCUUCGAGGAUCACGAAAUGCUGGUGGAUAAUUUAAUGACAUGGAAUUCGGAUGCUGGGAAUCGCGUUUUAUUUCAGCAACGUUCGGAUAAAAUAUCACUUUUUGCUAAACCAGAAAUUUUUCUACCUGGUCCACAAAUGGCGCCGGGUAGUUUACAUGAUGAACAUACACGUGCCAUGCUAUUGGAAGAGUUUUUCGAAUCAAAUUCUCAGUUACAAGUUGAUGGGCCCCUCUAUAUGAAAGCAGAUUCUAAAAAAGGUUGGAAGCGUUAUCAUUUUGUGCUACGUUCGUCCGGUUUAUAUUACUUCCCUAAGGAGAAAACGAAAAAUACAAGAGAUUUGGCUUGUUUAACAUUAUUUAGUGGCUAUAAUGUAUAUCGUGGCCUGGGUUGGAAGAAAAAAUGGAAAGCACCAACAGAUUACACUUUUGGUUUUAAAUCGGCUGUAGAUUCUUCACUGGGCAAGUCUUGUCGUACACUGAAAAUGCUUUGUGCAGAAGACUUGGAAACUAUGGAAAAAUGGGUGACUGCGAUACGUAUCUCGAAAUAUGGCAAACAGAUUUGGGAUAAUCAUAAAGCAUUAAUGGAUGACUUAAGCUUAGGCGAUGGUGUUUCAAAUAGUAGUUUUGCAGUCUCUAUGCGCAGUGAAUCCAUAAGUAGCAUUUCCUCAGCAGUUCCUUCGCAAUGCGGUAGUGUUUCCUCAGCUAUCUCAAGUAUGUCUAAUUCAAGUGGACGUAUUUCACGAGCUUCAUCAUCCAGUUCAAGUGGUUGUCUUUCUGAUGACAAUAAUGGUUUUGAUUCCGAAUUCACAACGGGUACAAUCAAGCGCAAACCAUCAAUGAAACCUAAUUUGCCGCUAACUACGAUGACUAGACAAUUAAAGGAAGUAGGUGAAAUUACAAUUUGUGAAGCAGAUGGUAUUGGACAAGAUGCAACAUCACCUGAACGUAGCGGAACAUUAACAAGACGUCAUAGUAGGCGUAAAUCACAAGAAAGCAAUGGUAGUGGCACCUUAAAACGCCGUCAGCCCAUUGCAGCAGUAGCAAAACGAGGCUCGGCAGAAAGCAUGAAUGCUGGUGCUGGUAAUUCGUCAGGUUCUUCAAAUUCCACUCCAACACCAACACCAAGUAUUUGUGCUAAACCAUUAUUGGAAUAUGAAACAAGAUCUCCUAAUGAAACUACAAAUUGUAUGACAUCUUCUACGCUAUCAUUAGAUUCAUUACCUCCACCACCACCACCACCUAUAGUGGAUGAACAUGAAAUUUAUGGUUCUCAGUUAUCACUUGCAUCGCUACCACCACCGCCACCACCAGAAGAGGUUCAUCCCUAUGUUAGCAUGCCACAACAGCAACAGCCAUUACAACAAAUACAUUUUAAUGUACCACGUACAAAUGGUGGACCACCUGCAGUACCCGCUAAACCAAUGAAACCAGCUGUCAAAGUAGCUCCACCAUAUAAAGCGCCUCCAGAUUACGUUCCUCAAGCAGUAAAUAUUCCGAAUACUCCAACUAAUAAUACAGGUACACAGAAAAAAGUGUCAUUUGCCGAUUCACCUGUAUUGUUGCGACGUAAAAUGUGCUCGCCUGAACCACGUUCGCCAUCAACACCUACACAACAAGUCAUGCCAACACAUUUUUAUACACAUUCAACUGGUCCGAUACCACCACCACGUGCAGAUAUAACUCGUCUCUCCAAUACAUCAUCUAACAGUAGUAUGCAAGAUUUCGGUUCACCCAAACGUUUACAAGAGUCUUCAUCUAAUCCUCCACGUGACUUUUUAAAAGAUCUCCAACGUGUCAUGCGCAAAAAGUGGCAAGUUGCACAAAAGUGUAAACUUGAACCGGCUACUACGCCUCAUGAAGUUUUAGGUUUUCGUGAUUUUACAGACGAAUUACAUAAUCUAGCAGCAGCCGGAGCUUCAUCACAUUAUUAUCGUGAAACAGCAAAUGUAAGCAAUUGGGUGCAAGAGCAUUAUGGUGCUGGUGCCAUGAUACCGCCAGCACCACUUAAUGAGUAUGCACUUUAUGAAAAUUUACAUAGCAGCAACGGAGAUACACUUACUGAGCCUCAAUUUCCUGUUACUGCAGUGGCGCAGGCGUCACUUAUAUCAGCUGCACAACGUAAAAAGCGUCCACCACCACCGCCACCUAAACGCAGUGAUUCCACCCAGCUAACACAUCGUGCUUAGGGGUGUGGUAUAACUUUAGUUAAUGUGAUUAGGUGACUAUUUAAAAGAUCUUCAACGACGAAAUGACAUCAAGAUAAAUAGGAAUAAAUUUAAUUCAUCGCAUAUAUAAACAAAAUAUAUUUGUAUAUAAUUUUAAACAUAAAUAUAGAGUUACUAAUUGUUGAUCUGUGUGAAUCUUUAAGGUUAUUAAGACAAUUAGUCUCUGUGCUAUAAGUUGCAUACAUAUUAGUAAGGGCCAUGUUAUAGAGAGAGUCAUUGUCAUGUCAAAUUUAAUUUUGUUGUUGUUUUCAAUGAAAAUUAUAAAUUUUAAAAUAAGAGAAAGAGAAUUUCGAUUUAAAUUUGGUCAUGGUGAUGAGGUUUUAUGUGCCUCGUCAUAUUGUUCAAAACAAAGUUGCUCAGUAAUAAAUGUUAAAUGUUUGCGCGUAUUAGAAAGAAAUGAGUAUCUUUUAAAUUUAGGCACAAACAACGUUUAAAAAUAGUACUAAAUGUAGAAAAUUGACAAUUGUGAUAUGACUCUCUGUAUAACUUGCCUUUUGGUCAUGACCAAAAAGAGCAUAAAAUGGCCAUAAGUAAUGCAUUCCUAUUUAUCCUGUCUUAAUAGCAUUUCGCAAUUUUUAUAACUUAAAAAAUUUAAUAAAUUUUUAAUUAUUGAAAUUUUAUGUAAUUAAAGCAGCUGGCGAUUUAAAAAAGCCAUAUUUAGUUCUCUCGCGCUUAGUAAAAUAAUCGGAGAUAUAUAUUUGUGUAUUAUA